AUGCAGGGCCUUGUGGGCCAUGGUGAGGAGUUCAGCUUUUACUCCCAACUAAAGUGCUGUGGCAUGAAGGACUACACAGAUUUUCCAUCCUUCGAAAGGAUGACUGGCCACACCUACCCCAGGGGCUGCUAUAAAUCCAUCGGGACCGUGGCCUGCGACGGGCACAACGUGUCUGCAGAUGUCAUCCACCAGGAAGGCUGUUUCCCUAAGCUCCUGAAAAUAACCAAGACUCAGGGCAUCAACCUGAGUGGAGGCUCUCUGGGGGCAGCAGUGAUACAGCCUGGUUCCUGA